AUGACUGCACACUCUGCUCUGCUGUUGUUAUGCUCGAUGUUCAGACUGAGUUAUUGUGUGACUUCCCCUGAGUGGUUCAACAACAUAUCAACUAAUCUCUUCGAUUUAUCUGGGGACAUCAUGCUUGGGGGGCUUUUCCAGCUAAAUGAUCUCACCAGCAAUCUGACCCAGAGAAGGGAGCCUGACAACGUCAGCUGUGAAAGUGUGAAUAAUUUUGGACUGGGCCUUGCUCUGGUAAUGAAGUACGCAGUGGAUGAGAUCAACGCACAUCAAAUUCUGCUCCCUGGCUUCAAGCUGGGGUAUAAAAUCUACGACACAUGCAGACAAUCUGCCGUCAUCGUGAAACCAACUCUGUCUUUCCUCACUAAAAAGUCGACUAACGCGCUUUCUGUGGAGUGUAAUUACACCGACUAUGAGACCAGCAUAUCAGUUGUGAUCGGCCCUUAUAGCUCAGAGAUGGUGUCAGUCAUCGGAAAGCUGCUGGGAUUCUUCCUGAUGCCGCAGAUUAGCUAUGGUGCCACCAGCGACAAAUUCAGCAACAAGCUCCUCUACCCGUCCUUCUUUCGCACCGUGCCCAGUGACAAAUGGCAGGUGGAGGCUAUUGCACUCCUGCUGAAUGAGUUUGAUUGGAAUUGGGUGGCCAUCGUGGGCAGUGAGGAGGAAUACGGACAAGGAGGUGUGCAGGAAUUCUCAAAAAUAACAGAAAAUAAGUCUGUAUGUGUGGCCUAUCAGGCCCUGAUUCCUGUCUACACUGCCCCUGAAGCAGCAGUCAAAACCAUCAUUGAUAACAUUGAAGCAGCCAAAGUCAAAGUAGUGGUGCUGUUUUCACUCCCAGAUCCAGCUAAGGUCUUUUUUGAAGAGAUAAUUCGGAGGAAAAUGAAAGGUGUGUGGAUCGCCAGCACUAGUUGGGCGAUCCAUUAUCUUCUCAUUGGUCUUCCAAACAUUCAAUCUGUCGGCACAAUCAUUGGUUUCACCGACAACACUCAAACUCUUGAUCUGCUGACCCCUUACACAAAGGAGCUCCUCACCAAACUGAGCAAAGAGAGGGCAAAUACCCCACUUUCAACGCCACCUCCAAAGUAUGGCAAUCCUGACAAUCCCUGCCCACAAUGCUGGAGCAUGACAGCUGCUAACACCAGCCUGGUGGAGGAUCCUGUAGUGAAGAGGUCAGCUUUCGGGGUGUAUGCUGCCAUCUACAGUGCAGCACAGGCACUGCACAACAUGUUGGGAUGCAAUGCAACUACCUGCAACAAGGGGUCAGAAACCAAAAUCUAUCCAUGGAAGCUGUUGAAGGUUUUAAAGAAUACAUCUGUAGAAGUAAAAGGCACAAAUCUGGUCUUUGACAGUAAUGGCAACCCAAACAUCGGUUACAAUGUUAUCCAGUGGGUCUGGAAUGACUCUGUUUGGGAUUAUGAGACAGUUGGAAACUUUUACAUAACACUUUCAAUCAACAAGUCACUUUUCACGUGGCACACCCCAAACUCACAGGUUCCUGAGUCCACCUGUUCAGCAGCAUGUGAGAGCGGACAAGUCCGCAGAGUCAAAGGAUUUCAUUCCUGCUGUUUUGAUUGCAUCGACUGUCAGCCCGGCACCUACCAGGCAAAAGAGGUGGACAUCCAGUGUACCAAGUGCCCAAAGGGUCAGUGGUCUCUGGUCCGCAGCACUAACUGCACUCUACCCACCUUUGACGUUUUGUCCUGGGACUCCACUGAGGGUCUGGUGAUGAUGCUGGUUGGGGUUCUGCUGCUUGUAUGUCUUGGGUCAGUGGGAGUAGUAUUCCUGAAACACCGGGGGACCCUGAUGGUAAAAGCUGCAGGGGGGACCCAGGUUUUUGUAGCUCUGGUAAGCCUGAUGGGAGCUUGCCUUUGUCUGUUGCUCUUCUUUGGGCAGCCAGAUGAUGUGGUUUGUCGUCUUCAGCUGCCCCUCACCUGCAUUUUCCAGACAGUCGCCCUCUCCAUCAUCAUGUACAUCUCACUACAGAUCGUCUACGUGUCAGAGUUCCCAGAGAUGGCUGCAUCUCACCUGCAUGUAAUCCGGGGUCCUGGAAGCUGGUUGUUUUUGCUGGCCUGCUGUGCUGUGGAGGCAGGUAUCAUUGGCUGGUUUGUCCAGGCUGGGCCCACCCUGUCAGAAUAUCGGGCAAAUAUGACAAUCAACUUUGUUAGAAAAUUUCUGGCAUGUCCAGUGAAACCCUUGGAAGGGUUUGCCUUAAUGCAAGGUUACAACUGUGCAAUGUGCCUUGCAUCAUUUAUGUGCACCUUCAUGGCAGCGAAGCCUCCUCAUCAGUAUAACCUGGCCAGAGACAUAACGUUUUCUUCCCUGAUCUACUGUGUGUUUUGGGUGACCUUCAUUCCCAUAUAUAUAGGCUUGAAUGUCAAGAGUAAAUCUGUCGUGCAUGUGUCUUUCACUCUGGCAAGCAACUUUGGACUGGUGGCAGCCUACUUCUUCCCAAAAUGCUAUUUGCUUCUAAGAAAACCUGAUCUCAAUGUAGAAGACCACUUCUGUACCUUUUUAGAGGGAGUUCCUCCAUCACCACCACAGGAAGAACCACAGCCAGAACCAGCUCCUGAGCAAUAA